GGCGCGAGAAUAGCCGUUUGUUGCAAGAGCUGCUUAUGAAGCAAUCCAAUUGCGAUAAAACUUCAAAUUUCACAUGUUCAACAUUUUCGCACGCAGUUAAAUAUGCAAACUGCCCCUCUUCAAAGAGAAAAAUAGCAAACAUUCAUCCCAGGCUUCUACUCGACAAACAUCAACCAUGACCAAGAUCUUCCUUACAGGCGCUACUGGCUACAUUGGCGGUGAUGUCCUUCACACGCUGUUGAAGUCGCACCCCGAAUACAAGGUUCGAGCUUUGGUCCGCGAUGCUUCAAAAGGAGCUGCUAUAACCAAGGGUUAUAGUCAGGUGCAGAUCGUCACUGGCGGACUUGACGACGCAGAUGUUAUCGCACAGGAAGCCCAAGAUGCUGACGUCGUGCUCCAUCUUGCGGCCACCGGCCACUUGAAGAGUGUUCAGACCAUUUACGAAGCUCUCUCCAAAAGUCCCAAGAGCGCGAAACCCCCAUACUACAUCCAGAUCUCGGGUGCCAGCGCAUUGGCGGCUGGUGAGCUCGCCGACAAGUCGCGAGUCUUUGGCACAGGCAGUGAUGUCAUUUACAAUGAUCUCACCGGUAUCGACUCGAUCAAGUCGCUCAUCAAGCAACACCCAAGCCGUGCAGUGGAUAAUUACAUAUUUUCCGUUUCAGAGAAAGACUCGCAUAUAAAGACAGCGCUUGUUGUUCCUCCCAUCAUUUACGGCCAAGGUCGUGGUCCCGGCAAUCAGCGCAGCAUGCAAAUUCCCGGGCUCGCCAAAGCGACAUUGGAGCGCAAGAAGGGUCUGCAAGUUGGCACUGGUGAAAGUCGAUGGGGAAAUAUUCACAUCGCUGAUUUGAGCCGCAUCUUUCUCAGUUUGGUUGAGAAAGCGGUUGAGGGCAAUCAGGACGAGAACAUUUGGGGGACUAAUGGCCUCUUUUUCACUGGUGCUGGAGAACUGUCAUUUGCCGAAAUCUCACGUCGCAUCGCUGUCGCUGCGAACGACUUCAAUCUCAUUCCAACCACAGAAGUCGACAGUCUAGAUGGAAAGGAAAUAGACAGCAUCAUCUCCCAUGGAUCUGUCCUGUUGGGAACAAACGCGCGCGCCGGAGCUGAUCGGGCUCGGAAGGUCCUCGGCUGGGAACCAGAAAAUGAAAGCUUGGAAGAGCAUAUCCCGACCACAGUAAUUCAAGAGGCUGAGGCGCUUGGCAUUAAGGUCGAGCAAUGGAGACACUGAGUGUAAUGCUGAAGUCGCGGGGCGAUACUGUCGCGACAGGUCAUCCUGUAAACGGCUGGUCACAGUGGAGUGAACGGACAGGUUAUUAUUCAAGCGAAUUGGUUGAGACUUUAAUUUACAAUUCAAUAUCUAUAAAUUAAUGCGGCAUCCUUUUGGAACUUUGAUGUUGCAAGGUUCGAGAAGUCCAAGCAAACGUUGCACAACUGAAUGUGGUUUUCUCGACCUAGUUUCAACCUGAAUUUAGAAGAAUCAUUUCAAUCGCGCAAAGUUAUCG